GCUGUUUGAGGCCGCGUCGGCUGUGCCGGUCGCCUGGAGUUUGACGUUGCUCUCCAACCCUCGCUGGGCGCGGCUCCUCGGAAAGGACCGCAGCUGGCUCCGGGCUCUGUCGCUGCAAGAAGAGCAGGUCUCACUCCACAAGCGCAUGGUGGCCGCUGUGGCAGAGCGCCCGAUGAGGUCAUCGACCGUUCUCCCUUGGGCUUUUGGCGUGGCGCAGCUCUUGUGGCCACGCUUCGGCAAAUGGUGCGUGGACCACGCGCAGGACAAUCUGCUGCGAGUCUACGACGAGUUGCUGCAGGAGCUGGACAACGGCCUUCUUCCUGAUCUCAGCUCCAAACCUGCUCCUUUGUUGGCCCGGCAGCACUACGCGUUACCAGCGACGGCCACUGUCAGAGAUGUGAUCGAGAAGAUCCACCUGGAUGACCGGCUGGCCCGCUAG